GGCGGCGGCGGCGGGGGGCGGGGGGAUUUCCAGCCGCGGCGCUUCGCAGUUUCCUCUCCUUGUUUUGCUUUCGAUCUGGACUGUUCUCAGGCCAGCCGGGGAGUAACUUUUAGUUUUGCUCCCGCGAUUAUUCAACUGACGGGCUUUCGUUUCCAUUUCCCACACCCUAGCAACACUUAGCCCUUGCGGGAUUGCACGGCUAGCGUGAAAAAGCACACGGAGAAGACGGAAAAUGCCGGGGUUCUUAAAAAUUAAGGCCGGUUUGUGGAGGAUCACUCGGCGCAAUUGUGGAUCGUCUGGUUUUAGGGGAAGCAGAUGCGAAGAGGUGGCUCCACGGACCCAGAGCUGUUCCGUGUGAUUCCGUACCUCAGGUGUCGUGUGCCGGGGUGCGGGUCCGCUGGAGCCGGGCCUCAUGGAAAACCCAAACUGUCGUGUCUGCGUGUGCGUGUGUGUGUGUUUACAAGCCGCGGCCGCCAGCAGACCCGAAGGCGGGGAGCAGGUCCUCCUCGGUGCCGGCGGCGGCGCCUCUCCCGCGGCAGCCGCCAGGGUACGAUGCCGGUGGAGAGAAUGCGAAUGCGCCCAUGGCUGGAGGAACAGAUCAAUUCAAACACAAUACCAGGGCUAAAGUGGCUUAACAAGGAAAAGAAGAUUUUCCAGAUCCCCUGGAUGCAUGCAGCGAGACACGGGUGGGAUGUGGAGAAAGAUGCACCACUCUUCAGGAACUGGGCCAUCCAUACAGGAAAGCAUCAACCUGGAGUAGAUAAACCCGAUCCCAAAACAUGGAAGGCAAAUUUUCGAUGCGCCAUGAACUCCUUGCCUGAUAUUGAAGAAGUUAAGGAUAAAAGUAUAAAGAAAGGAAACAAUGCCUUCAGAGUAUACCGGAUGCUGCCCUUGUCGGAGCGGCCUUCUAAGAAAGGAAAGAAACCAAAGACAGAAAAAGAAGACAGAGUUAAGCACAUCAAGCAAGAACCAGUUGAGUCAUCUUUGGGGCUUAGUAAUGGAGUAAGUGAUCUUUCUUCUGAGUAUGCGGUCCUGACUUCAGCUAUAAAACAUGAAGUGGAUAGUACGGUGAACAUCAUAGUUGUAGGACAGUCCCAUCUGGACAGCAGCAUCGAGGAUCAGGAGAUUGUCACCAAUCCUCCAGACAUUUGCCAAGUUGUGGAGGUGACCACCGAGAGCGACGAGCAGCCGGUCAGCAUGAGCGAGCUCUACCCUCUGCAGAUUUCCCCCGUGUCUUCCUACGCAGAAAGCGAAACCACGGACAGCGUGCCCAGCGACGAGGAGAGCGGCGAGGCGCGGCCACACUGGCGGAAGAGGAACAUCGAAGGCAAACAGUACCUCAGCAACAUGGGGACGCGGAGCACCUACCUGCUGCCCAGCAUGGCGACCUUUGUCACCUCCAACAAGCCAGACCUGCAGGUCACCAUCAAGGAGGAGAGCUGUCCCGUGCCGUACAACAGCUCCUGGCCCACCUUCCCAGACCUGCCCCUGCCCGCCGCCGUGACGCCCACGCCAGGCAGCAGCCGGGAGACCAGGGCCAGCGUCAUUAAGAAGACGUCGGAUGUCACCCAGGCCCGCGUCAAGAGCUGUUAAGCCUUUGACUUGCCCUGGUGGUUGUUGGGAGUUCUUGGCUUUGUUUUGUUGUUUGUUUGUAUUUUAUUUUCCUCUCUGACACCUGUCUUAGACAAAUCUAAGGAAAAAGCCUUGACAAUAGAACAUUGAUUGCUGUGUCCAACUCCAGUACUGGAGCUUCUUUUUAACUCAGGACUCCAGCCCCUUGGUAGACGUGUGUCUCUAGAGCCUGCUGGAUCCCCCAGGGCUACUCCCUCGAGUUCAAGGACCAACACCCACACGGGCAGUGGAGGUGCUGCAUUGCCUGCGGUCAAGGCCAGCAUGGUGGAGUGGAUGCCUCAGCACGGACGGAUGAGAAAAUGUGAACUAGCUGGAAUUUUUUAUUCUUGUGAAUAUGUACAUAGGGCAGUACUAGCGACAUUGCAGUCUGCUUCCGCACCUUAUCUUAAAGCACUUAACGAUAGGCCUUCUUGUGAUCUUGCUCUAUUUCACGGCACACCCAGCAUCCCUGCCGCCCUCCCCCACCCCAUCCCACCGGUUCCUUUGCUCCUUUUCCUCCCCAAAAAGGCUGUGUUGGGCAACCCAGAGGAGGAGGAGAAAACGACCCUCCCCACAGAUGUCCCAUCUUAAGACUGCUUUAAAACAAAACAACGAAAACGAUCUUUCUAAUCUGCUAUGCUUGAAUGCCACGCGGUACAAAGGAAAACUAUCAUGGAAAUAUUAUGCAAAUUCCCAGAUUUGAAGACGAAAAUACUCUAAUUCUAACCAGAGCAAGCUUUUUUAUUUUUUAUACAGGGGAAUAUUUUAUUCAAGGUAAAAUUCUAAAUAAAAAUAUAAUUGUUUUUUAUCUUUUCUACAGCAAAUUUAUAAUUUUAAGAUUCCUUUUCUUGUUUAUCAGCAGUUGUUAUUACAUCCUUGUGGCACAUUUUUUUUUAAUUUUGUAAAGGUGAAAAAAGCUUUUAUGAGCUCAUGUAGCAAUCAAAUUAUCCUGUGGAUUGAUAAUAAAUGAAUAUGAUAUAUAGUUAAAUUUUUAAUGAA